UCAUCGUAUUAUGGCGCUGUCUGCUCACGCCCGCAUGAUAUUUUUCAGCUAUGUAAAAGCUAUAUAUUUCUAUUGCCAUUUUAUAAUUGAAACAAGUGCAGUAAGACUUAGAAAACGGCUUGGAAUAUCGUGAGUUCUCAACUUUGCAGUAAGCGUGAAUAAGCAAUAGUGCGUGUAAACUACCAGCUGCGAUUUCGUGCAUCUCCGUUCAGGUAGUUUCUAGUGGUUCCCAGGGAAUCCUAAACCAAUGAAUGCCGAUUCCUAAAAUAUCGUAGCCAUUAAGGUCGAGCUUGGCCAUAAAAAUAUUUCCGUGGUCGCACUGGGUCACGGGAGGCGACCGAGGAAUGCAUUAUCUUUUUGUUUUUCAACUAUAGGUGCGCAAGGCAUCGGCGAUUGUCGGCGAUCGUGCCUCGCUGGCUCUUCGUGAGGAACAAUAUACGUAACCUCCUUGGCCACAGGAAACCGUUAAGGGAUAGCAAGAUUGCGAAUAUACCCUCCUUGGAACCGAUGAGAAUUGUGCCGGGAUUCGCGAGUGAUAAGGGCGCGCCCGAAGAGAGUUUCGAAAAUAAAUUCCUCGUUCGGAUCGGCCCGUCCCUGAACAAUCAAUAUGGCCUCCAGCUCAGCGCGCUUCACGCCAGCGUAGGCCAGCUUCUUCGAGGAAUAUCGUCAGGGAGCCCUCGUCUUCCUGGCGAUUAAUUAGCAGGAUCACCGGAGGACGAGGCGCGGUGUAUUAUCCUGUAACUCGAUCUUCUUUUUGCCUCACAAUUAAGCCAGGAAGAUACCUGGAACGUGUCGCAUGAUCACUGUGGUCAGUGCGGAAGACAUCAGGCAUCAUACUCGGGUGUUCGUGGUGUCGUUGGUGCUGUUCUUCGUGUUUCAUCCGGACAGGAGCAAGGUGAUGCGACAGGAUCCUCUACGUAUUUCUGUUUUUGAGUAAUCGGUGCCCAGUGAAACUUGUUAUGUCAGAGGUGACGUGUAAGGACGUCGGAGUGCCCGAGGGUGGCCAAGAAGAGGGAGAAGAUGAAGAUAUGGUGGCUAAGAACGUCGAGGAAAGGGUCAGCAUACAGCAGAUUCUUGAAGGCAUGACCAAUGAAUUUAACAAGGGCAUGAGUCCGGCGAAGGCACCGGAGAACGAGAAGGUCGACGGAAAGGGGGACAAGGUAGAAAAGAAUUUCAAGGAACCAGAAAAGAUUCUGAUACCCGAGGAGGAGGUUGCAAAAGUCGUCGGGAAUUCUGCCGAGGAGGAGGUUGAACAGGUUUCUGUGCCCACGACAGAAGCCCAGGAGGCUACACCAAAUGAAAAUCACAAGACAGAGGAUAGCAUCGAAAAGCUGGAACUUCCCAAGAAAGAUGGUAAUAUACCACGUAUAGUUCUGACUUUUAGAACCAUCGAUGAGAAUACUGAUCAUGGUAGAAAGACUAAGAUUUCUAGCUGUUCGUCCAACUUGACUCUAGUACCAGAUGAACUUGCUAACUGCGAUCAGAUCGGUGGUGUGUCUGUGAAGAUUGAGAAUUCUGAUGAAAACUCUGAUGUAAUAGAGAAAUCCGAUUCUGAAGAGGGUAGAUCCGAGGAAGUUAUGGUGGUAAGGGGACAGAAGAAUAUUAAGGAAGAUGAGAGCUCUGCUUCAAAAGAAAUAUCCGAGGAAGGUGCCUCGGUGGAACAGAAAGAGUUCAGCGAACAAAGCUCCAGAAAUGAGGAUUCGGAUCCUAUUGCUGCUGAUGUGGAAGUGAAAUCACCACCACCACCAACUAUUGUCACCAGGAACCGACGAACAGGACGCUCUCGACUUAGGGCGCUAAGUGAUUCUACAGAGGAACAUCCUGGACCUAAACGAUCAGCAAGGCGACUAUGUAAAGAAUCAUUGAAAAGUACAGUUCUUGAGAGUGCCAUGGCCCGAAAGGAAAAGUCAAACUACACUGAAGUUCACCGCAAGUAUCAAAGUCAAAGAAAGUACAAUAAACCAGGUCGACCAAAGAAGUUGGUCACCAGUAAAGAACAAUUAAAACAACUUCAAAUAAAAGUAUCGGAUGUUCGCCACGAAAUUGGUACCUACUUUAACGACGUGAACAGUACAAGCUCAGAAUUAGACAGUUCAAAGAAUGCCAGUGUAACGGAAAUCAGUAGAAACGACUCCAACAUGAGCGAGUCUCAGAGUACUACAAUGGAUUUCGAUGGCAUGCCAAAGUUGUCCCCAAUAAUGAAAAGUCCGGAAACCGUUCAGACAAAAUUGAGCAACUCCAUAAUCAACAACAGUUCAAAUGAGGAGAUUAACGCAGACACGGAGAAACCGUUUUUGAAGCCAAUCGCCGGCCGAACUAGAAGAGAACGAGGUCGACCAAGAGGUAGCACUGGUGCUCGUAAGCUAGCGAAAAUGGAUUCCUUUGAAGAAAUAAAUAAAAUAAAACAGCUAUCUAGGAAAAUAAAACUCUUUGCAGACGGUUCUCCAUCGAUCGCAGAGACCGGAAGGAACAACGACUAUCCCGAAGAAGGAGCUGUACCAGCCAAAAGAACUCGAAGAAGUAUGGCUCCAAGUCCGAGUCCAGCAGAAGGUCAAGCAUCCAAGCCAGAAUCAACGGCAAUAUUAAGUGAAGCCUAUGGACCAUCCUUACUCUGUUUGUGCCAAGUAAGAUCUCAGCUGUACGUGACGAUAACUGGUUCAGGAGCUCCUCUUUAUUGUACAGCGAUAGACUCCAUCGAUAACCGUGUAGUCGGUUGUUGCAACGAGGUAGACAGUAACGACGUGGCUAUGCGAAGGCCCAGCACCCGGGUCCCAUUUAUAAUCCUCUGUCGGAUGCACAAGGAGAGACUGCUGCGUCACAAUUGCUGUCCGUCUUGCGGUCUCUUCUGCGCUCAGGGCAGAUUCGUGCAGUGUACAAAUGGUCAUCAAUACCACAGAGAGUGCGAGAUCUAUCCAAACAAGAAAGCGGUGUGUCCACACUGCGGAAGCGAGAGCGCAUCCUAUGACGUGAUGGUGAAUAUGUCAGGGAUGAGAAAGCCAGUUUUCAUUCCCACGCGGCGAAAAUUCUCCAAGUUACCUUCGGCAAAGAUGAGUCUUACGGGAAAGGGCGACAAUACCAAGUUGGCAGGUAGACCGCCAAGUCCUCUGGUGAGACCUGAGACCAUAAAGAUUCCUGAACCCACGAGCAAUCCUGACAGACCGGAGCGCUAUACUAUAAUGAGCCUCUACACUUCAGUGAAGAACGGCGACCUGGAGAAGUUGGUGAAUGUCCUAGCUUGUGGAUACAAUGCGAAUCACUCCUUUCGGGAUUAUGCACUCCGCACGAGUCUUCACAUAGCAGCUGAUAAAGGACACUUGGCCUGCGUUCAUGUCCUCGUGCAGGCUGGCGCUCAGGUCGACGUUAUGGACAGGAACCAAUUGACGCCGUUAAUGCUAGCUGCUAGCAAGGGCAAGACGGAGGUGGUGAGGUACUUGGUGAGGAUAGGAGCGGACGUGACUUUGAAGGGAGAGGAUGGUAUGACUGCACUACACAUGGCAGCCAAGUCAGGACAUUUGGAUGUCUGUCAAAUUAUUUUGUCCGAAUGUAAAGUUCCUCGGACGUUAGUUGAUUCUGUGGACGAUGGUGGCUGGACCAGCUUGAUCUGGGCCUGCGAAUUCUGUCACACUGAUGUGGCAAGAUUUCUUCUUGAGAAAAAAUGUGAUCCUCUCAUCAGGGAUGCCGAACAGAACAUAGCCUUACACUGGAGCGCCUACAGUGGCAGUUCUGAGAUUACUGAAUUGUUACUUAGCGAAGGCUGUGACGUGAAUGCCGUCAAUGUCCACGGCGACACUCCAUUGCAUAUAGCAGCUAGACAAGACCAGUAUGCUGUGAGCGUUUUGCUAUUGGCUCGUGGCGCUAAGGUCGGCGAAUUAAAUGCUGCCGGCGAGACAGCGGUAAAUUGCUGCCCGUCGGAUGGAGACACUAUGGCAGCGCUUCGAUUAAAUGCAAAAGUCAACGAAUUAUCGGAACACAUGUGGGAGAAGACUGUAAAAAUUUUAACAAAUGACAUCUCACGAGGUAAGGAGAGCAACCCCAUUCAAUGCGUCAAUGGGUAUGACUCUGAGGAUAAACCUACGGACUUCCUCUACGUCACAGAGAAUUGCUUCACCAGUAAUAUUAGUGUCGACCGCACGAUAACGUCUUUGCAGUCAUGCCGUUGCGAGGAUAAUUGCAGUUCAGAAAAAUGUUUGUGUGGAAAUAUCAGUCUACGAUGUUGGUACGAUGAAGAAGGGAAGCUCAUCCCUGAAUUCAAUUACGCCGAUCCUCCCAUGCUGUUCGAGUGCAAUCAGGCCUGUGACUGUAAUCGUAUUACGUGCAACAAUCGCGUGGUCCAGCACGGCUUGACUCAGAGAUUUCAGUUAUUCAGGACGAGUGGAAAGGGUUGGGGAUUGAGAACACUGCGUCACAUUCCUAAAGGAACAUACGUCUGCGAGUAUAUCGGUGAGAUAAUAUCUGAUUCAGAGGCCGAUCAUCGAGAGGAUGAUUCCUAUUUGUUCGAUUUGGAUAACAGAGAUGGCGAGACUUAUUGUAUAGAUGCCAGACGCUAUGGAAAUCUUGCCCGUUUUAUUAAUCACUCGUGUGCGCCAAAUCUACUUCCGGUACGCGUGUUUGUCGAGCACCAGGAUCUGCACUUCCCGAGGAUAGCGUUCUUCGCAAAUCGCGACAUCGAGGCUGACGAAGAGCUCGGUCUGCAUAUUUCUGCGCACCCGUGUCUCCCUACGAGCCGUACAUAGAUCAGCCCUGCCGAAGACGUCCAACACGUGAUUCUCUGCUUUCAGCUUCGAUUACGGGGAGAAAUUCUGGAUAAUAAAGUGCAAGUCCUUCACGUGCACCUGCGGCGCUGAGAAUUGCCGGUACUCCGAGAAGACGAUACAAGUCACCCUGGAUAAUUAUCGUCGGAGGAUCCAGCAAGAAGAGAUGCUUGCCACUCAAUAGCCCUAAUUACUUUGGAAUGCAAUUAGUUAAUUCAUAGUGCGUAAAGCCGAUCUGGAUCUUUAUAUUUUCUUUUUCCCUUUUUCCUAAAUGUUUUUAUCUUUCUCUGGACUCUGUCUCUUUCCUUCUGCGCGUCUCCUUGAGGAAUUCCUCUGUACCAGAGAUAUAAGGUCAGAUAUUGCCUAGUUAUCCUCUAGGUCCAUUGACGUUAAUUUCGGUAUGCAAGUGCACUAAUUGUUUUUCGAUUCUCUUGAAUUUAUAAAAAUUAUUUUUAUACGCCGUGGAGAAACUGCUUGGAUAUCAAAAUUAUCGGGACUUUCUAGUAAAUUCAAAGUGGUGGCUGAUCUAAUGUCACUUCAUACAAAAUUAAUAGUUUAAAGUGAUGGGAGCCUAAAUCUAAUUGCGCAGUGCUCUUCAUCAAAUUGCAGCUAAUAAUUAAGUAUCCUGUUUCCUUCUAUUUGUCGCAAUUACUUGUUAAUACUUUUCUCUAGGUCCUUUGGCAUACUCUUUUUCAUCUCCGUUUCUUCUUGGGGAUGACAGUACCUGUUCCCACCUCGACGAGGAGGAUGAGGAGGAGCAUGUGUGAAUUUCCGAAAUAGUUUUUAGCCAAUUGUUAGGCAUAAUGUACAUGAUUGUUAAUUGGAAAUAGAAGAACGACGAGGAGUGGAUGCGAGGCAGUUAGCCUAAAUUUCAUACAUCAGGGUCAUCAUGCCAAGUAGAUAUCGAGCAAGGAUGGGACGGCGGAUUAGGAAUGAAAUUAAAAUCAUGUUUGUCGUUAUGGAUUUAUUCAUUCACGAGAAUGUUCUUUUAGGCGAUCGUUAAUUAGUGUUCGACGGUACGACGUCAGUGCAAACUGCGUCAAAGAUGUCGUACCGUGUAUAGAACGUAAGGUCACACCAUUUUGUACAAAUGACAGCAUUUUUGUAUAAUAAAAGUUGUAGUUCUUUUAUACAA